AUGGCUGCCGGUAGCGAAGAUGGUGUUGGAGCUAGUAGAGGUGGAGGAGCGGAAAAGAAGAAGCGGGGGCCUAAGCAAAAGAAUCCAUACAAAGGGAUUCGUAUGAGAAAGUGGGGAAAGUGGGUAGCUGAGAUUCGCGAUACGAAUACAAGGCUCUGGCUCGGCUCCUACUAUACCCCGGUGGCUGCUGCUCGGGCCUACGACGUGGCCCUCUAUUACUUGCGUGGCCCGGGAGCCAAGCUUAACUUCCCCGAUUGCCUGGUUGGUGAUGGCCACCACCGCCAACUCACGCCAAAGGAGAUUCAGAAUCGAGCCACGACAGUUGGAUAUAGGAUUGAUGCAAUUCAGAGGGGGAUACAUACAUCGUCCACUCAGAUGAGCGUCAACGUUGUUGAUCACCGCCCAUCGUCCACUCAGAUGAGCGUCAACGUUGUUGAUCACCGCCCCGAGUCCACUCAGAUGAGCGUCAACGUUGUUGAUCACCGCCCCGAGUCAACUCAGAUGAGCGUCAACGUUGUUGAUCACCGCCCCGAGUCAGAUGUUUAUGUUACACCUGACUUGAACAAGUACCCUCACCUCGAUGUUUAUGUUACACCUGACUUGAACAAGUACCCUCACCUCGACUAA